AUGACUCGUUUCAUUAACUACUGUGAAAUAUGGACUCCUGAAAGUGCAGAAAUUGUAAAACGAACAUUACGUCUACGCCUGUACUUGAAGUUAACAACAAGCGUUGUGUGUUCCAUAAGUAUUACAUUUCAUGGGAGUCACAGUCUUAUCAGGUCGUCAAAGGAGUCAUUAUCUAACCAAGCAGUCCUGGGAGUCACAGUCUUAUCAGGUCGUCAAAGGAGUCACUAUCUUAUCAAGCAGUCCUGGGAGUCACAGUCUUAUCAGGUCGUCAAAGGAGUCACUAUCUUAUCAAGCACUCAUGGGAGUCACCGUCUUAUCAGAUCAUCAAGGGAGUCACCGUCUUAUCAGGUCGUCAAAGGAGUCGCUCUUUUAUCGAACACUAAUGUGAGUCACCGUCUUAUCAGGUCGUCAAGAGAGUCACUAUCUAAUCAAUCAGUCAUGAGAGUCACCGUCUUAUCAUGUCGUCAAAGAAGUCGCUAUCUUAUCAAGCAGUCCUGGGAGUCACAGUCUUAUCAGGUCGUCAAAGGAGUCACUAUUUUAUCAAGCACUCAUGGGAGUCACCGUCUUAUCAGGUCAUCAAAGGAGUCACUAUAUUAUCAAGCGUCAUGGGAGUCACCGUCUUAUCAGGUCGUCAAAGGAAUCACUAUCUUAUCAAGCAGUCCUGGAAGUCACCAUCUUAUCAGGUCGUCAAAGGAGUCACUCUUUUAUCAAACACUAAUGUGAGUCACCGUCUUAUCAGGUCGUCAAGAGAGUCACUAUCUUAUCAAGCAGUCAUGGGAGUCACCGUUUUAUUAGGUCAUCAAGGGAGUCAUUGUCUUAUCAAGCAUUCAUAAAACCACUCUUAUCAGACCUUCACGGACGUCACUAUCUUAUCAAGCAGUCCUGGGAGUCACCGUCUUAUCAGGUCGUCAAAGGAGUCACUCUUUUACCAAACAAUAAUGUGAGUCACUGUCUUAUCAGGUCGUCAAGAGAGUCAUUAUCUUAUCAAGCAUUCAUAAAACCACUCUUAUCAGACCUUCACGGACGUCACUAUCUUAUCAGACUGCCACAUGCACACAAAGCUACGAACAGUAAUAGUGACACACAUGAAUAAUGUAUCUUUUAUCUGAAAUAUAUACCUUCUGGCCUGCUGUAGUCCUGAACUUAGGCCAAAGUAAACUAACAUCCUAUAAUUAAUUUGUGUUUCAAUAUUUACCAGAUCUCUAUAACACCCACUCACUGUGGCAAUAAUCACGGAAACGUCUACUAAUCUCAGUGCAAUAGCAACAUACUCGUGAAUAGGAGAAGACACCCUGUUAAUUAACACCAGUUUCAACAUUAACCAGAUCUUUUACAGAGGCUGCGACUACAUAAAGGUAUCGAAGCAAGUGCAGUUUUAAAAUGAACCAGCUUUAAAGAAGCAGGGAUCCUACCAGUGACGUAACUACAAAAUAUGCUCGCCCCCACAUAAAAAGUAAUUGGCUUCCAUGUUAUUGCAGUUACAAAAAAAAGUAAUUGGCUCCCCUACAUUUACUUCCCUGUUAUUGUAGUUACAAAAAAUUAAUUGGCUCCCCUACAUUUACUUCCCUGUUAUUGUAGUUACAUAACAAGUAAUUGGCUCCCUUACAUUUACUUCCCUGUUAUUGUAGUUACAAAAAAAAAGUAAUUGGCUCCCUUACAUUUACUUCCCUGUCAUUGUAGUUACAAUUCCUGCCGAUUGGUAUCUUUAACAAAAUAAUGCAAUCACCCUUUAAUUCAAACAAAUUAAUUUUAUAUCCGUCCCCUUGUCGACAAUUCAGGA